CAGGGUUUGUUUACUGGCGGAGAGACUGGGAAGAAGGGGGAUCCUACAGGAGCUGGGGGACUCUACAUCUGAGUGGAAUUAAAAAAGAAGAAAAACAACAAAACAAAAAAAAACACUGUUGAAUAUCUUGUAUUUAUUUUUGUUUACCUGUUGGCCUCCGCCGCAAAACAAAACCAGUUUCCUGCACGCAUAUCUUCUGCAUUUGAACUGUCCUCCUCGCCAAGUGGAUGGUGUCAGUUAUGUGGCUCCGGACUUUGUGUUUUGUUUUGACCGCUAUCUGCGUUGUGAUGAGCUGUCAUCGAGCUUAUGGAGAGAUUUGUCCAAGUAAGGACAUUCGCUACAGGGUGACCAACCUGCAGACACUCGAGAAUUGUACUGUGAUCGAAGGCUACCUGCAGAUCUUACUCAUAUCAAGGACCAAGCCGGAGGAUUUCCGAGGCCUCAGUUUCCCCAAGCUGAUGGUGGUGACCGACUAUCUGUUGCUAUUCAAGGUUUAUGGCCUGGAGAGCCUCAGCGAUCUCUUCCCCAACCUGACGGUCAUCAGAGGCGACAACCUGUUCUACAACUAUGCUCUAGUGGUGUACGAGAUGUUCCAGCUGCGAGAGCUUGGCCUCCACAGCUUGAUGAAUAUCACCAGAGGAGCUGUGAGACUUGAGAAGAACCCAGAGCUUUGCUAUCUCUCCACUCUGGACUGGUCCAAGAUCCUUGACUCAGUGGAGGACAACUACAUCAUGGCCAACAAGAAUGAAAGCAAGUGUGGUGAUGUCUGCCCAGGAACGGCGGCUGGAAAGACAACGUGCCAGACGACGACCAUUAACGGACACUUCAGCGAACGCUGCUGGACACAAAACCACUGCCAAAGAAUGUGCCCUGCUCAGUGCGAACACCGGCCGUGCACUAAAGCUGGCGAGUGCUGUCACGACCAGUGUCUGGGCGGCUGCCUGAAGCCCAACUCAACCAGUGACUGUGUGGCCUGCCGUGGCCUCCAGCAUGAGGGCACAUGUGUGGAGCGUUGCCCAAAAAACAACUUCACUUAUGAGGGCUGGCGCUGCGUCUCCUUUGCCUUCUGCCAGGAUCUGCACAACAGAUGUAAGAGGGAGAAGGAGCGCAACAAGAACGCUGACUGCUCCGAGUACGUCAUCCACAACGGUGCCUGCAUCCCUGAGUGUCCCUCUGGCCUCCUCGUAAGUGGACACGCGAGUUGGUCUGAUGGGCUCUUGAUGGCCUGCGGGGAAGAUGUUGAUCAGUGAAGCAUGCUUAAUAUUUAGUAUACAUUGGGUUUAAUCCCAGUCUUUUUACACAGGAGCUUGUUGAUUUAUUGAUUCAAUUACAAAAUCUCUUUGAACUCUCAGUUCUGCAUAUACUCAAACUAAAACAAUGUUUUGCACAUUUACUUUUUAUAUGGUUUAAAUGGAAAGUUGUUUCAGGGAUGUGAUCAAUAAUAAAGGAUUGACAAGCAAUACAAGGUCGCAGCUGAAAGAUUUUUUUGUUGUUGUUUGUUUGUUUUUUUGUUUGUUUGUUUUUGCUUUUUGUUUUGCCUUUAGAUGGUUCAGCUGCCAAUGAGUUUUUGUUCUUUUUAAUUGUUCACAUGCGUUAGCAACCACAAAAUCCCAAUGUUCAGCAGUGAAUUUACAAAUGCUUCUACUAGCAUGCAGUGGAUUUCAUACUGUUUAACAUCUGUUUCAACUAAGAUUUCUGGGGCUGUGCCAAAAUAGUUUGUUCUGCCUUUUUUUUUUUUUUUUACUUUUAUCUUGUUGUACUUUGUGUAUGUGUGCUUGUGCGUGUGAGUGAUAUGAGUGUUUUUUUUGUUUGUUUGUUUGUUUUUUUUUCACUUUUCUUAAUUUCUCUGCCAGAAGAUUUAAGGUUUAAUGCUUUUUUAUAGCUUUUUUAAAAAACUUUUUCAAUUUUAUUCUUACAUGAUAACCUAUCAAAUCACCACCUAUCUCUUUUCAGUCUGGGUUUUCAUUUAAUAACAAGCAUUUACAUUUUGGCCUUUGUUAAGCAUUUUUUUCCCCCCAGAUUUGUCUCUGAAGGUUCCAAGCAGAGAUGUACAUGUUGGCCACUGUGGAAGUAAUUUUAAUGCAUAUGGUAAUCAGUCAUAUUUACUCAUAUAAUAGUCACAAGUGUAAACCUUCUUUUAUUCAUAUAAUACAUUUAUUCAUUUAUUACCCUCAAUUACAUUUCAUAAUGUGUAUUUUCCUUAUAUAGAACAUUGAAGUUAUUAUUCUCCUGUUGGGUUCUUGUGUGAGGUCAGGCUGACCACUUUUCUUCCAGACUCGUGAUAUAGGGAAAAGUUGAGACUGAUGGGCAGCUGCUAGAUACAAACAGUUGUUUAGAAAAUAGCAGCCUGUUUGGAUGAGACAGUAAGAAAGCAACGCCUUCUAGUCUCCUUUCUCCUUUUUAUCAGUUUAGAGACUGGCCUUCAGCUAGGGUCAGGCUGAAAAAAACUGAUUCCGAAAAUGCAGCAAGGCAGAGUCCUCUUGCCGGCUUCCGGAGUCGACAAGAUAGCUCUCGAACUUGCAAGUAUUGACUGUAUUUUAUACUUCUCCUGUAAUAAACCUUAUAUAAUUUUACU